UGAUGGAGAGAGGGGUCUUGGCGCAGAUCUGUGUGGGAAGGCUCCAAGCAGGAAGGCACUGGUGUGUGAGAGUUGGGCUGCACUGCCUGAGUGACUGUGGAUCCUUUGUGUGAUACAUGAUCAAGGAAACGCUCCAUCCCUUCCCUCCUUGGCACUUUCCCCACAUGACGGGACAACCAGCUUCUGGUUAAAGACAAGUGUCCAGAGCCUAAGGUCUCUCGCCCACCAUGAAGGGACCGUGCAUCAUUGCAUGGCUCUUCUCAAGCCUGGGAUGGUGGAGACUCGCCCAGCCGGAGACAGAUGCAUCUCAGUGCCAGAGAGCAGAGCACCCGGUCAUCUCCUAUAAAGAAAUUGGCCCCUGGUUGCAGGAGUUCAGAGCGAAGAAUGCUGUGGAUUUCUCGCAGUUAACAUUUGACCCAGGACAGAAAGAACUUCUUGUAGGAGCAAGAAACUACCUCUUCAGGUUACAGCUUGAGGAUUUGUCUCUGAUCCAGGCUGUGGAGUGGGAGUGUGAUGAAACAACCAAGAAGGCCUGUUACAGCAAAGGCAAGUCCCAGGAGGAAUGUCAGAACUACAUCCGGGUACUGUUGGUGGGUGGCGACAGGUUAUUUACCUGUGGAACCAAUGCUUUCACGCCGGUCUGCACCAACCGCACGCUGAGUAACCUGACGGAGAUCCACGAUCAGAUCAGCGGCACGGCGCGCUGUCCUUACAGCCCUCGGCACAAUUCCACGGCUCUCCUCACGGCGGGCGGGGAGGUCUAUGCAGCCACGGCCAUGGAUUUCCCCGGACGCGACCCCGCCAUUUACCGAAGUCUGGGUGUCUUGCCUCCGCUCCGCACCGCGCAGUACAAUUCCAAAUGGCUCAACGAACCAAACUUCGUGUCAUCUUAUGACAUUGGGAAUUUCACCUACUUCUUUUUCCGCGAGAACGCCGUAGAGCAUGACUGUGGGAAGACCGUGUUCUCCCGAGCCGCCCGGCUGUGUAAGAACGACAUCGGCGGCCGCUUCCUGCUGGAGGACACGUGGACCACGUUCAUGAAGGCCCGUCUCAACUGCUCCCGCCCUGGCGAGCUCCCUUUCUACUACAAUGAGCUGCAGGGCACCUUCUUCCUGCCCGAGCUGGAUCUGAUCUACGGCAUCUUUACCACCAACGUGAACAGCAUCGCUGCCUCCGCCGUGUGCGUCUUCAACCUCAGCGCCAUCUCGCAGGCCUUUAACGGGCCCUUCAAGUACCAGGAGAGCUCUCGAUCCGCCUGGCUACCGUAUCCCAACCCUAACCCCAACUUCCAGUGCGGCACCAUGGACCAGGGCCUGUACGUGAACCUGACGGAAAGGAACCUUCAGGACGCUCAGAAGUUCAUCCUGAUGCAUGAGGUGGUGCAACCAGUGACUGCAGUGCCCUCCUUCAUGGAGGACAACAGCCGCUUUUCCCACGUGGCCGUCGACCUGGUGCAGGGCAGGGACGCGCUCAUCCACAUCAUGUAUUUGGCCACAGAUUACGGCACCAUUAAAAAAGUGCGGGCGCCCCUGACUGAGACCUCGGGCAGCUGUUUGCUGGAAGAGAUGGAGCUCUUCCCCGAGAGGCGGCCGGAGCCCAUCAGAAGCCUGCAGAUCCUCCACAGCCAGAGCGUCCUGUUCGUGGGUCUGCGGGAGCACGUGGCCAAGAUCCCACUGAAGAGGUGCCAGUUCCACCACACGCGCAGCGCCUGCAUUGAGGCCCAGGACCCUUACUGUGGCUGGGAUUCGGUGAUGAAGAAAUGCACGAGCCUGGAGGAGAGCCUAAGCAUGAUGCAGUGGGAGCAGAGCAUCUCCACCUGUCCUAUGAGGAAUCUCACCGUGGAUGGGCGCUUCGGCGCGUGGUCAGCGUGGACGCCCUGCACGCACACCGACGGCAGCACCGUGGGGUCCUGCCUCUGCCGGAGCCGCGCCUGCGACAGCCCGGCCCCCCAGUGCGGCGGGUGGCAGUGCGAGGGCCCCCGCGUGGAGAUCGCUAACUGUUCCAGGAGUGGAGGCUGGACGCCCUGGACCUCGUGGUCUCCCUGCAGCGCCACGUGCGGGAUCGGCUUCCAGGUGCGCCAGAGGUCCUGCAGCAACCCUACUCCGCGCCACGGGGGCCGGGUGUGUGUAGGACAGAACCGCGAGGAAAGAUACUGCAAUGAGCAUCUGCUGUGCCCCCCCCACAUGUUCUGGACAGGCUGGGGUCCCUGGGAACGGUGCACAGCGCAGUGUGGAGGCGGCAUUCAAGCUCGCCGCAGAACCUGCGAGAAUGGUCCUGACUGUGCGGGCUGUAAUGUGGAGUACCAGCCUUGUAAUACCAACCCAUGCCCUGAGCUGAAGAAGACCACACCCUGGACACCCUGGACGCCUGUCAACAUCUCUGACAAUGGGGGCCACUACGAGCAGCGAUUUCGGUACACGUGCAAGGCCCGCCUGCCUGAUCCAAACUUGCUGGAAGUGGGAAAGCAGAGAAUUGAGAUGCGGUACUGUUCUAGUGAUGGAACCAGCAGCUGCUCCACUGACGGCCUUUCUGGUGAUUUCCUGCGUGCUGGGAGAUACUCUGCCCACACCAUCAACGGGGCCUGGUCAGCCUGGACCUCGUGGUCACAGUGCAGCCGAGACUGCAGCAGGGGCAUUCGCAACCGGAAGCGUGUUUGCAACAACCCGGAGCCCAAGUUUGGGGGCAUGCCUUGCCUGGGCCCCUCCCUGGAAUACCAGGAAUGCAACAUCUUGCCCUGCCCAGUGGAUGGCGUGUGGUCUUGCUGGUCCUCCUGGUCAAAGUGCUCAGCGACGUGUGGAGGUGGACAUUACAUGAGGACCCGCUCGUGCACAAACCCAGCCCCCGCCUAUGGAGGCGACAUCUGCCUGGGCCUGCACACGGAAGAGGCUCUCUGCAACACGCAGCCCUGUCCCGAGAGCUGGUCGGAGUGGUCAGACUGGUCCGAAUGUGAUGUGUCUGGAGUCCAGGUCCGCAUCCGCCAGUGCAUUCUUCUGUUCCCCGUGGGCAGCCAGUGUUCCGGAAACACCACGGAGAGCCGGCCCUGUGUUUUUGACUCCAAUUUCCUCCCAGAAGUAUCUGUGGCAAGAUCUAGCAGCGUAGAAGAGAAAAGGUGUGGAGAGUUCAACUUGUUCCACAUGAUCGCCGUGGGGCUCAGCAGCUCCAUCCUGGGCUGCCUUCUUACGCUGCUUGUCUACACCUACUGCCAGCGGUACCAGCAACAGUCCCACGAUGCCACCGUCAUCCACCCCGUUGCACCCGCCCCUCUCAACACCAGCAUAACUAACCACAUCAACAAACUGGACAAGUAUGACUCGGUGGAGGCCAUCAAGGCAUUUAACAAGAACAACUUGAUCUUAGAGGAAAGAAACAAAUACUUCAACCCGCAUCUCACUGGGAAGACCUAUUCUAAUGCCUACUUCACAGAUCUCAAUAACUAUGAUGAGUACUAAGAGUUCUUCUAUUUUUGGCUUCCCAUAACUGCCCCAGUUCCUCAAGGCCUGUGCUCCAUGACUGCCCAUGUCUCCAAGACUUCAGAGAUGGAGUUUGGAUACAUCUCAAGUGCAUUUCAAGCCACGAGUGUCCCAUUGCUGCCAAAAAGACACGUUCUUAAAAGCAACAAAAAUCUAAUCGUGACAUUGUGAAAAUCUGGUCUACAAUUCUUGAUCAUUGUUUAAUGAGCCAUGGUGUGCAGGGUUUUUUUUAUUGUGUUCAGUCCAUUUCUCUAACAAGUCAGUUGUUUCCUUGAGCUUUUUCAUAACUGUACCACCCACAGUGGAAGGGGUCUUUAGAAAUAUGAACAUCUUCUUGACCUUGAGCGUAAAUCCUCAUGAUGUUUUAAUUCAAGAAAAUAGGCACUUUAUAUGAGAGCCUCCCCACCUCACACGGUUUAUGGUAUUGAUAAAAUGAAGAAUCUGAAUGUGGCCAUACAAUGACUCAGCAUGGAUCUCCAUCUCAAUCUGGAUGACACCGUGUGUGUUUGGACUUGGAAUGCUUCUUGCCUGAGGACACCCAGGGAUUCAGCCUGGCUUAUAACUGCAAAGGUGAUGGUAUGAGGUGUCAGAUGCUCUACCCUUGGUCUUGCUGCCAUUACUGUAUUGUCCCUGGGGGAGGUGAGUGUAAAGAGCAGAGGUAGAGACACGAUGAAGGGGGAACGUGUUCUACAUGCUGUUGUGAAGCUCGCCUUAUUCUGACUUGUGGAUUUCGUGGCAUUUCAGGGAGCUCCUUGUCGCGCGUCGGCCUGGUAGCCCACCUGUCUGGUCCACAGUAACAACCUAAAGAACCACUCUGUAAAAUAACCACUUGUUUAGCAUUUAGAUAACAGACUCUACACCUCCCCUCUCUCUGCAAAGAAAAAUCUUGAACAUUCAUGGUACUAAUGAAGAAAGUAUUGAAAGGACUGAAAUAUAAUCGAAAACAAGUUUUUUUAUUUUCCAUGUUACAGAAAGUAUUGAAAAACCUGACAUUUAAUGAAAAGCAACUUUUUUAUUUUCCAUCUCCCUGAUAGAGCUAAUGUAUGGCCACUAGCCCCUACCAAGAGCAUUAAUGAUGUGUAAAGCUGGCUUUCUGCAGCUUGUUGCUGUACAUAUUGAAGUGGUCCCCAAGUACCAAGCUGUCAUUUGCUGCCUCUAGUUCAGGUGAGGAGGAGAUGUUUAGCUCUGGUGCCUCUUGUUUUUUAUCUCAGUGCUGCUGUGCCAUCCAUCCACUCCCACUUCUCCCUGCAUGGGGGCAACAGCAUUUCAAGAAGUACCUUGAGAAGUCAGGGUGUUUGCAAGUAAGGGUUUUAAUGAUCCCAUGGUUCUGAGCUUCGAUCAUUCAUAAGCAUUUCAGGGCGUUAUGAUACUAUUCAGAGGGGUGCCCAGGAGAAAAAAAAAAAAAACAGGAUAGAUUAUUCGCAAAAAAAACUGACGUUUAACAUAUGGCAGUUGGUUGAAUAAUUAUUAAAAGUAAGAACAAGAUUGAAAUUAUUCAUUUUAAUGCCUCUGGGUGUCGUGAUAAAGGCCUGGGUGGACAUAAAAACAUGUUCUUAUUGAUAAAUGAACCUUCAGAUCUGGGAAAACGUACAGUGUGGGCAUUGAGGGGCACAGACUUUUAGCCUGCAUAAGUUGGUUAGGUUUUCACCCUAUCCAAUUUAAAGAUUUGAAAAAUCCUAUGUUUAGUGGUGAAUGUUGGUGAGUUCAAAAUAUUCUUAUAUGCCCAAAUUUUCAGAAACAGCUCUACUAAAAUUAAAGUCUAAAUUGCAGUUGGGC